CAGCAAGCGAAGAGGAAGACGACGACAGCACGAAAUUAUGGGGAUCCGUGGACUGCGCGCUGUGGUGGAAGAGGAGGACGAUGGUUGUGGUGGUGGUGUGGAGGUGGUGAAGGCGUACGAGGAUGUGGUCUUCCACAACAGCAGCAACAGCAGUAGCAGGGUUGCGGAAUGUGAUGGCAAGCAAGCACAAGAGGAGGUGAGCAAGCAGGUGGGAAAGGAUGAAACCGCCACCAGCGCCACCAGCAGUAACACCACCACCACCAACAGCAACACCAACACCAGCAACACCACCAGCAACAGUGUGGUUGUGGAUGGCGGUGGCUUGCUGUAUCGGCUGGUGCAAGAGGCCACCAGCAUGGCAGAGCACCCGCACGCCCAGUGGGAUGGCCUCAAAUACGCUGUGCUGCAGUGCAUGGACCUGCUCACAAAGUGUUUUGACUCGGUCACUGUUGUGUUGGACGGGCCUGCGCCGCUCACAAAGCAGGACACCCUGCAAGACCGGCAGCUGCAGCUGGCAAAACAUGCACGUGCCAUGUGCUCCAGCCUCGCACGCGAAGACAAAGGCACGCGACACCACCACCACCAACAACAACGACAGAGCCACCGCGCUCCGCGCCACAAACAGCAGAAACACCAGCACCAGCACCGGCGCCACCAGCACAGAAAGCAGGGAAAGCGGGCAGCACGGAAGCAUGCCACAGCAGGGCAAGGGGCAAGGCCAUCCAAUCACGGCCACUCCCAGCGUGGGGCCGAUGGCCCCUGUAUUCUGCCGCCUGGCUUGUGGCACUUCUUCACGUCCAUCUUGCUGGAUCGGUUUGGCUCCAAGGUGGCUGUCAUCAUGGCGACGCACGAGGGAGACGCGCUUGUGGCGGCCCGUGGCACGGCAGAAAGCGUGCGGCUACGUGAUGGCAAACGACUCUGA